UUUCGCGCAUAUACCGUCAUUCAGGGUGACUUUAGCACAUUUCUGGAUAUUUUUAUGCCUCCUUCUUUUGUUGGGGUCAGUGCGUUUAAGUUAUUGGUUUGAAAACUAGUGGAGAUAUGUGUUCUUUUGCUUGGUAUGUGCAGGUUGUUGGCUCUGCUUGUUGAAUGUUUAUUUUUUAUAAUAAACAAAUAUGUGGUGGCUAAAGUUAACUGGAUCCCAACUAACUUUAGCCGCCCAGAGUCACUUAUCAGGAUUAAUGAAAAAUUUUGGGCAGCAGCUCAAGAUAGGUCACAUCUGUUUAACUUUAUCUAGUCAAAAAGCUUUAAAAAAUCAUGACCAACAUCAGGAAUCAAUCUGCUGUGUAUUAUUCGUGACAUUGAGACUUAAUGUCACAAGCUGCCACAAAUGUUCUACCAGAAACCUGAAUCAGUUAACUUGAAACUGAACAUGUAACUUUUUAAACUUCAAGUACCUGAUAUAAUUACUGUCUGUCUCAGCCACAUGUAGCAAUAACCGUCUCACACGAUCUUGUCAAGUGACCAUCCAAGAGAGCUGUUUUCCUCAUAGACACACCACUGUUCACAUCUUCAAUUGCUUUCCUAAUGGCCUUGUCAGUAUAGUUUCUACAGGGUUGAGGAUGAGGCGUGGUGCAAAUCAGGACACCUUAUGGGCUAGGCUUUGACCUGGAACAGAAACACAUGGAUGAUGAAAGGUCAUGACACUUAAAAAACAUAGGAAAUUAUGUAGAGCAUUAUGUAGAGUUUCACUUGUGUAUCCACUGUUAAAUGACAGUCGCAGUAAAAGUCGCAGCUCCAGUAAAAAGGAACUAAUAAAUCAUGUAAUAAUGAGUGGACAAUGACAGCAGAGGCUUAAAAGGUUGUGCAGAAAUGCUUAUUUUUGCUGUGUUAGCUCUUCCUACUUGUCUAGGGGUGCCAUUAAAUUCACCUCAUUUCCGAGGAAAUUUGAAGGGAGUGUUUGAAUCCGCAAAAUGAUUAUUUCUGAUUGGCAAAAUUUCUGCUGUUCAGCUAGAAAUUAGUCUGAUAAGAAUGCAACUCACGCUGGUUAAGUUUAUAAUCCCCACUUUGAAACACAACAUGCACAUGAUGGAUCUAAAGUCUGAACCGCAGUUUGGCUUAAGUUACCAUGAAGGCUCAAGUUACCCUGAAUGACGGUAUGCGGGUUUUCCUCUCAUGGUAAAUGUUUUGUUUCAUAAUGUGCCAAGCAUGUAUGGAAGUGCACGGGGCUGGCCGGAGAAGCUGUUUUGAAUUGAACACGUGCAAAGGUGCGACAUAAUUUCUUAAUGAUUUGCUUGUCUUCUAUUUUUUUUUAGCAUGCGAACAUUCCAUACAGUUUUGUUCUUACCAUGGGCUUCAGUGGUGAGUUGACACGCGAUUCAAGUGGUGCUUUAUUGAGGCGGUGCUGUAUCGCACAGUAUUUCGGUCGGAGAUGAAGCGUAAAAUAAGUAGUGUGUCCAUUUUCGGGGUUUCCUGGACCUGAACAGGCAUCUGAACUUGAAAUUUUAUGCUCAUUGCAGGACAAUACAAUUAGGAAUAGUUUUGUUAUAUCCUGUUCCUUCAAGCGGAGACAAAAUUUGUUUAUUUUUAUACCGAUUUUCUGGGAUCUUUGUUACGUACCUCACUUGUAUUUCAUUUUCAAAAGCAAUGCAAAGAAAUGAGGAAGUGGCUUGGAAGUGGGGGAAGUGGAAGAUUAAUGGCUCCGAAAUGUGAUUCUUUUAACAUCACUGAUGCUAAAUGCGUAAUAAAAGUGUCGUGCAUAAGCGGGUGACGCGCUGUGACAAGCUCAGAAAUGGAACGAUCGAGGUGGCGUUUUUGAAUGCAGCGGAAGCGGAAAAGACAAAGAAGGCAACCUCAUUCACAUUCACGGUCAGGGAUAAAGAUGGAAGGCGAGACGUCACUUAACCCAUCAUGGUGACGGCUCACAAACCGAAAAACUGUUCUCGCAGGAUCAUUAACUGUUUUGACCUGGAGGGUGUCAGCGAGGAGGAUAUCGUGGAUGGUCUGCCUGGUUUCGGUGUCGUUGAAGCUCAUCGGAUCAGAGUUAGGAGAAGAGAGCACCGGGUCCCAACAAACAAUAUUAUCCUUACUUUCAACCGUGUGGAUCUUCAGAAAUAGUAGUCGGUUACGUAAAAGUGAAAGUUCGUUUGUACAUUCCCAACCCUAUGCGCUGUUUCCGGUGUCUUCGUUUUGACCAUAGAAAAUAUUACUGCAGGAACAAGCCGACUUGUGGGAAAUGUUUGGAGACUGACCACACUAGCGAGACCUGCAGCGCUGUACGACCGAAGUGUGUUAACUGCGACAAAAACCAGAUCCCGCACACGACAUUUGAUCGUGCUUGUCCGGCGUACUCUCGAGAGAAAGAGAUUAUCUCCAUCAAGUGCUCCCGGUGCAUCUCUUCCCGAGAGGCACGGGAUAUUUACCAUAACUCGCAUCCCAAAAUAUCUUACGCGAGUGCAGUGACUAGCUCCCGCUCAAACGUGGUUCGUCGUGAGGUCAGCUCGGACCGUAUGAACUUGACGCAGUUUAUCGCACUUCUCCAGUCAUUUGGGUUGACUUGCAGACCGGCAGCGGGUUCGCAUGUUUCGCCGGCGUCCGCGGCGCCCGCCGCACCGCCUGUAGCUGCGGCGCCGGCGGCCCCCGUGUCGCCAGCCUCCCCGGUCGGAGAGACACUGGAGGGCGAGGGGUGGACUGGUUGGUCGGGCUCGGGAGGGGCCCCCUCCCGGGCAAAUCAGACACGUUCUGGGAAAGAGGCGCCGACCACAGCGCCUCCCCCAACAACUGCGAACCGAACUUCACCUAGCGAGACAGUGAUGGAAGUCUUACGGCGCGGUGAGGUGGAGAGGAGAGCCCGCGAGACCAGGCGAGCGCGUCUGGUCGAGCAGGCGAGGGUGGCCAGGCGGUCCCCGGGGGCUACCGAUUCGUCGGCCCCGGCGGGGGACGUCAAAAAGUCUCCUCCCUUGGGGUUUGCCCGGGCGUCGGUGCCGGCGGUGACUGGCGGUGCGCCAUCGUCUGCGGUGUCUGGUGGGGUGCCGUCCUCCAUGGGAGGGAGCGCUUCCACGCCUCACAAGCGCGUUGGGCCGCCGCUUGUUCCGUCCCGAAUGGGCCGAUUUGGAGGGACUCUGGCGCAGCGCAACGCUCCGACGAUUGAAGGUGACCAGCCGGAGCGCUGGCCUUGCCAAUACUGCAGCAAAACGUACGCACACCGGCAGUCUCUGUACCAUCACUUGCAGAUGCACAGGGGUAAAACCAAGUGUCACAAGUGCGGCGAGACGCUCUCGACGCCGAACGCGCUCAAGGAUCACGUCAGGGAGACCCUGCCACACGUGCUGAACCACUGCCGGCCCCACAGCGCGGCGCUGCAGCGGCGUCACAACGCCAUCCUGGCGCGCCUGGAGAGGGCCGUGCCUCGGUUUGCCGGCACCGACGUGCGGGUGAACCGCCGUGUGCCUAGCGCCGAGUCGGCCCUUCGGCCUGACCUAGUGGUCACCCGUGGCGCCCACGUAUCUCUCGUGGACGUCACAGUCUCGUUUGAGAACCUGCUGGCUGCCCUGCGCGCCGCCGGCAACGAGAAGGUGGCCAAGUACGCGGGCCUGGUGGCCGAGCUCCGACGCCAGGGCAAGGAUGCCUUCGUGCAUGCCCUAGUGAUCGGCUCGCUCGGCACCUGGUACCGCGGCAACGAGGAGACGCUGCGCCACCUGCGUGUCAGCCGGGUGUACGCCCGACUGAUGCGCAAGCUCAUGGUGAGCGACACCCUGCAGUGGUUCUGGGACGUGUACGUGGAGCACGUCACCGGGGUCCGCCAAUACGAGUGA